AUGACUGCCGAAAUCCACGUCGAUGAUAGACUCCGCACCGUUCCUCCUGAAGGCGAGGCAGCCCCUGGUCAUCAGUUCUUCGUUUUUCCUUCUUUAAACUCUCUUCCAUCGACCAUGCAUGGAAUUCGAAUCUACAACGCAACUCUUUGGAUACGAUUGGAGCUCAAAGUCAAAAGUAUUGACACCGUUUGGGCUCCCUUCGGGAACAAAAACUUAAUAUUAUGGAUUUUCCGUCUCAUCAGUGGAUCCAAAAACGUCCUCAAUGACGAAGAAGAAUUCUUGAAACACACUGCCAUGGUUGCGAAACAUGUGAUUCCAGUAGAAAAGCUCGGAUGGCAGGAGAUCGACGUGACAACCGCAGUUCGCACGUGGCAUUCAGAAAAAACUAACGAUAGCUUGCGCCUCUUCGUGGAUUGUUCCGGUUGCGGAAACAAAAUUACUAUUCACCUCUUCGAUGAAAAUCAAAAUAAAGUAAAGGAAUCUUUCCUGAAAGCCCAGAAGAUUAACCCAAAAAAGAAACCAGACGCGUUUAUUGAUUACAAUCGGCCGUAUCUGUUUGUAAGCUUGGCAACAAACCACGUAAAACGACUUCGACGUAGAGCACUGGACUGUACCGGAGCGCCAAACGAGCAAUGUUGUAAACAAAAGUUUUACGUUGAUUUUAAAGCAUUAAAAUGGGACGAUUGGAUAAUUCGUCCACACGGAUAUUACGCCAACUACUGCAAAGGUAGCUGUUUGUUGCCAGACAAAUUCUCUGCUGAAUAUCAAUAUGUCGUGGAUGAAUAUCGAAAGCAGGGCCAGGUCACCGGAAUUCACCAAUGUUGUGCUCCAACCAAAUAUUCGCCAAUGUCGCUUAUUUUCUAUGGGCCAGACUCUCGGGUCAUCAAACAGGACCUUUCAAAGAUGAUAGUUGAAGAGUGUGGCUGUCCAUAAAUCAUUUCGAUCAUUUAUUACCGCUAAGAUCUAACAUUUAGAAACAA